CUACCCUAAUAAACACACCUAACCAAAUCAUUACAUGUUGAAAAUAAAUGCACGAAAACAUUAUCUGUGCAAUCCACGGACCAUCGGUUGCCGUCUCUGAUGAUGUGUAUUUGUGCUUAUUAAAUCACAGCUAAACUGCCUGGUAGAGAAAACAAACUUCGAUAUUUUGUCAUGGCCCUGCUAUGUUGGCAGAUGUGGAAUAUAAAACGGCCGUCGAUUGCUCCACAGUAAAAAAGUAAUUUUGUAAAUCUCACGAAGUACCAGGGUCCAAUAAGUGAAUUUCUUCUCUUCUUAAUAGAUGGACCGUGUAUAAUGUUCAGAAAGUGAAUUGGAAUACGGACCAGCUAAUUGACUUAGAACGCACCUCAAUAUAACUUAUCUGAAACGCUCGGAUAUUUCUGAAUAGGUUCGUGCGAAAGGGAUUUGCCGAACUGGUGAAUCAGUGGUGAUGAGAGGAAACUGCUAAUAUUUUAUUUACAUACGUUUUGUGGAUGGCAUCGAUGGUGUGACUAAUACAUAUUUCAGUAGGUGUGGAAGGAAGAAGGAUAAUUUCAUCAAAGGUUGCUUUUGAUGAAUAUCUAAUCAUGGAAACAAAUUUGCAGUUAUAUGUUCAGUGUGAAGCAACAGAAAUAAUAAAGUUUUUACUGUUACCUGCUGCUUGAAAGAAGAAAAACAUAAAUUACCAUUAGGCAUAAUGGUUGAGGGAAUCAGUCAAAAGAUGGAAGGGAACUCUUUGUGCAAUAAGACAGCAGUUUUUUUCAUGAUAAGUUUUCGUCAGCUUUGUAUUGUGACAGUGUCUCUACCACUGUGUGCACUGCUCAUUUGUUUUGUCACUGCCUACAUCUUCCAGCAGGACGACAUUCAUGAAACACACUGUCGAGUGUACAAUGUUAUCCCCUCCAUCAGCGCAAUCACAGGUAUAAGUCCGCAGCGCUACUUGUGGAGGGUGUGUGUCGCAUUCCAUAUUGGCCCACGCGUUAUCAUUGCAUCGAUGUACCACACCUAUUACCGUUCGUUGCUGUCUUCACAGACUCCAGGUCCUAGUCACCCAGGCAGCAGAGGCUUUUGGCUCCUAAACAUAGCAUUUUGGCUCAGCCUUGUCGAGAUCGCCGCUCUCUGUGGUGUUACCUACAUCUCUAACAGGGAAAACUAUCCUGUACAUGAGAAAAUCUUCAUGGUGUUCAUGUUUGGGUCACUGAGCUACAUGCUUGCCACAAUCAAAGUCUUCAAAUUGGUGAAACCAAAUAUGAGUGAUUCUGAGAGGAACUCAUAUUUAAUAAAAAAGUGUCUGUUUGCAACUUCAAUUGUGAGCACUGUUGGACUUUGUGUCUUUUUUCUUAAACAUCGCCUUCUGUGCCAUGAUAUGGCAUUUAGCUGGUUCUCCUUUUGCGAGUACCUGAUCGCGUCAGCAAACAUGGCAUUCCACAUGACGGUGGUUCUGGACUUUCCGACAGAGCAGCUGAUUGUGGCCCAGGCAUCCCCAGGCUUGGUGCUUGCAGGCUCCGGCUCAGCGUCCCAGCGACAGCGUGAUCAUCGCUGGAAGCCCGAGUAGUUCCUCACUAAACUUGCUCUCUUGCACUUUCUCUCGUCUCGCUUCUCUCCGCUUGCCAGCUGCUGCUCGGAGUGGCUGGGCCAGAGUAGUUCGGCAAUCUAGAUGCAGCGUCGGUCUGGUGUAUAUUUGUUCUAAAAUAUUGCACUGGCCCAGAAUUUUUUAUGUAGGCUAUUAAUUGCGUUUGUUAACCCUUCAGUGCAGGCGGAGCCAUGUUUGUGUUAGAGAGUCAAGAAUUUUGAUGUAGUUGGUAUUCAGCUAAAAGUUAAUAGAUACUGAACUUCCAUCUAGUGCGUGAUACGUUUUGUUUACAUGAUUAAAGAAUUAGAUAUAUGAGAAUGCCGUGAACAGGUAGAAUAUUCAUCAAUAAUGUUUAAAAAGUAUAGAAAGUAGGGACAUUCCUUCAUGCUGAAGGGUUAUAAGUAUUCUUUAUUCUGCCCCUUUGAUGCCGUUACUUCAUAUUCUGUUUUUAACAGCUGGAAAAUGCCUUAAAGUACGUGACCGUCACUGUUGUUUUACCGCGAAUGCCAAUGCUGCAUGUAUAUUAUGGACCUGGGCGUUCGGGCCCGGCCCAGCGUGGUAAGUGAAGCCAGCAUGUGCCUACAUAUCCAUCUGAUGGAUUCUUUUACAUUUACGUGUAAAAAUGUAGGCAAAAAGGAGAAUUGGAGGCUUAAUCCCAUACCAAAGAAAAGGUUAAGAUCUUUUACUUGUUUUUAUUUAGAGAUUUUAAUCGUAUUUAUUUGUGUUUUAUUUACUGCAGCAUCAGCUCUGUCUAGUUCCUGGGUUUGUCCCCCUGUGUCAGUUUUGGGAGCUGAACUAGUCAAUUAUUAGUAAAGCAUAUUGCUUGGAUAUGAUAGAAACACAUUUUUUCCCUGAACAAGUAUAAUUUAUUUUUAAAACAUGCCGCUUUAUAGCAUUUUGUAGGAUUACAAACAGUUUCUAUUGAUUCUGAGGUGUGAAGUCAAACUGCAGUGAAUCAGAAUAUUGCUGUCCGAUUAAUCUGUUGCUUCGUCGUAUUGCUUGAGCUUAGAAUUCUGUGCUUAAUGACCAAGUUCUACUUAUUUUAUGUACGUAGUAUAAUUUCAGUUUUGUCAACAUGUCUUAGUUCUUAGUGCGAGAAUAAACCACGUGGCUAUUUAUGAGACACAUUCAAUAACUGUUGGCUGAUAUAUGGUCAUAGUUACAACUAUGCACCUGUUUAAAUUUUGUAAUUCUGCUCGUAUAUUACAAUGUGCGUAAAUAGCAAUGUUAGGAUUCCCAUGGUUUUACAAAAAAAAUCUACCUGUUUGAUUUGAUAAUUAGCGUCAGCCUUGGCAAUUUAUAUCUGUUGCUAGGGAAAGUAUAAUUAAAAUUAAAAAUGAAAAUAUAAUUGUUACAAACAUUUUUUAAAUGAUUUAUAUAAUUAUAUCCAUAUUUGUAAAUGAAUACGAGUAUUAUACAUGUAUUUAAUUAUGCAUUUUAAUCCAAAGUUGCAGUUUCAAAGUAUAUGUGGAACCUAUUUGCAUGUCAGUCCAUUUUUAUAAAAAAAUAAUGCUGAGAGUUUAUUCUCUGUGAUUGUUAAGUGACAAACGUUGACGAUGGGAACAGAGAUUGUUCUCGAAAUGUCGGCAGAAGAAUCGGUUUGUUCGCUGUUCGGCCACCUGAUGCGGCUCGCAGCCUGAGAAUCUUGUUCUAUGACGUUUUGCAUUUAGGCUCAAAACUGAAACUUCAUGUAGCAAAGAAACUGAUAUGUUCGUAACAAGCUGUAAGUAGCAGAUCAGACAGUUAUAUUCUGAUCACUGCAUUAUUUAUUUAUUUGUUUAUUUAUUUAUUUAUUUGUUGUGAUAAUGCAUUUGUACACAUACAGGCAUGCAUCGCAUGUUUUUGCGGCCUGGAUACACCAGUGUGCUGACAUUGUCGAGUUGGUGUUCUUUCGCGCUGGAAACUAGGUCGCAGCUUUAUCUAGUCUAUAAUUUUUUUUUUUUUUCCCCUUUAAUUUAGCUUGAGUCCAUUUUUACAGGUGAUAGUAGUUUUAAUAAAAACUACAUAAAUUAAGAGAUAAACAACUUUAGUGGUAAGUCACAUUUGAUGACUUGUAGCUCAGUAGAUUUUACCAGUUGAAUACCAGUUUUACUUUGUAAUCUCACUUGUUACGUGUCAAUGCCCGGGAUACAUUUGAUAGAAUUUACUUUUAUGUAUUCAGAUGCUGUUUGUCAGUACAAGCCUAACCCCUGUGCUAAUUAUUCUUUGUUAUGUAAUUCAUUCUUUUGUUACAGUUGAAGAGAAUAGCCAGUUUAAACUAAUUUUAGAGUAGAAGGGGUUAAUAAUUUGGGAGGAUUUUGAAAAUUGCAUGAGUUACAUAUGAAUGGAUUGAUGUAACUUUGUGUGACAGGUUGUUACCCGUAUGAACCGUGCAAUAUUUAUUUAGUAUUUACUUUGAAAAUUUAAAUAUGCCAAAAUGCAAAAAAAAAAAAAAUAUAUAUAUAUAUAAAGCAAAAUAGGAACCCGUAAUUGCUCAAAUUUUUAUUGUCUGCACCCGUGCCCUCUUCUGUAAUAUUUUGAAUCUUUCUGUUAUGUAAGUCAUAAAUAUGAAUUUUCCAUAUUCUUGUUUUCAUCUCUACACGGCCAAGUUCUGUGGCAUUUACGGACAAUAGCAUGGCAUAUUGGAAUGUAAAUAAAUGUUCACUGAUGACCUAAGACCACUUGAGCUGUUUAUUUAAAGAUGAACAAUAUAUGUUGAAAAUUUUACAUAUCUGCAUUAAUGAUGUCAAUCAUCUGCACAAGCACAGUAAUAAACCUUGGCAGUUUGUUGACAUCCAUCCAUCCAUUCAUUAAAUGGUAACUGUAGUUGGUCAAGAUGUAGCUUGAAUUAUGGGUUCUCCUUCGUUACUCACCCUGUGACGUGUUGUAUGUUUCCAGACAGUUUGUUUGUUUGUGUGUGUGUGUGUGGAGAAAUUUUGUUAGCGAAUGGUUUGUAUUGUUAUUGUAGGAGUGGUAGACAUGUAUUAGGGCAUCUUACAAAUCAUGCAAGAUGCCGAGUAUUUUCGAUUCACAUUUGCUUACAGAAAUAUUGUGUCGUUUGUUUCAGAAUUGCAGGUUCCAUUGAUAGUAGUAGUUGUAAACCUUCAUGCCUUGUAACGCUGUCCCUUCAUUAUUUUAAGUUUAUGUACGUAACCACGAAACUAAACAAAUUGACAUAAUGCAAAUAGUAAUGCGUCUUACAUUAAGCUGGAAUGUCUGUCCUGUCCUAGAGUUUUCCGUGUCCCUUCCAGGUGAAGACUGCGUAGUACCUUAAAAUAUGCCAUGAGCGCUUCCUGCCACGUCUCUUCCAUUUCGUCGUCAUUGUGCCAUACUUGAUGCCAUAGAACCUCAGUAGCUUACGCAGCGUUCUAAAGUAACUUAAUAAAUAAUUGUCUAACUAACAGUAAUUAACUUUUUAUUUUUGUUGUUUGUGGUCAUAUUGAACCAUGUGAAUCUAAAAUAUAUUUGAAACAAGUAAAUGCCUGCUUGUGCCUGAAAAGAAGUAUUUCUGGCUUUGGGAAAUUCCAUUAAUCGAGUGAACCGUUAUGAGUAGUUGUUCAUGUGAUUUUUCAUGCACGUGUGUGUACUUCGUUGGGGAGGGGAGGUAGCUGGAGUUAUGUUUAUGUGUAUUCUGUAUUUAUCACAUAAUUUACAAUUUUCCUCCCUAGAAUUUUCUUUAUGAAAAGUUGCAUGCAUGAUUUGGGGAAAGAUUUUUAAAUGGUCCAUCAUGAAAUAUAUCGGUAUCCUUGACCCAUCUGUAGAAGCAAAAUAUUUUGUCUGAAAAUUUAUAUAGGCCCAGCACGGCACAUUAUUUCAUCCACGUGUCUUUUGUGUUCCUUUCAUAGCUGCGAGUUCAAACUGCAGAUUAUGCAAUGUCUAGCAGUGACAGGGUAUGAUUUUUGCUGAAUCGGACCCGAUGUAAUAUCUCGCUGCUUGCUUUGAAUUCUGUACCAGCUGGUGUCCCUUUGAGGCUCUUGUUUUGAUUGAAUUUUUUGUUGAUAUCUUUAUUUAUGUAUAAAAAUUAAAUAUGUGAAUUACUGGUAAAUGGGAACUUACGUUUUCAUAUGCGAGAGUUAUUGAAUUGUACAAUGAAAUAUGGUGUGCAGAAAAUAAUUGUGUAUAAUGUAAAUGAGGAAGGAAGGUAUUUAUAAAUGUGUGGUGUGUGGAAGUAGAAAAUGAGCACAUGGAUGCUGUUCUUUGAGGAUUCUGCUGAUUUUUUUUUUUAGUAAUUUUUCCCGUUUGUAACGAAACGUGUGAUAAUAACGUGGUGAAGAAUUAUAAUCACCUAGGUAGAACAUGUACCUGCAUUUAUUGUCGGCUGUAGUGGCUAUCACCAAACUGCAAUACUCCCAAGUCCACAGAAGGACUUAACUCGAUUUACCAAACAACUGCGUCAGUAUAGCGUUGCUAGCUUUGCUGCACUGCGAGUUGUGAACUGUCUUCAAUCUUAAGCAAGCAGUCACAUAUUCCUGUAAUGCCAUUUUUGUGCUGCAAAUUUUAAUUUAUUUGUUUUCCACAGGUUCGUAAUAUCUGUUUUUUCAUGUGGUGAUGGAGAAUAACAACUUAAAAGCUGGCGAAUCUGCCAUUAGAAUUAGAAUUAGAAUUAGAGAACUAUUUACAAGUUUUUCAUGAACAUUUCAGUAAUAUAAAUUAAUAUUAAGUGGCUGUAAGAGAAUAUACAAGCCAACAAUUUAGUUGUUUUAUGUGACGAGGCCCCAGAUCAACACACAUACGUACUUUGCGUUCUCUCAUAAACUAAAAGAUAACUGAAAUGGUUUUCGUAAAUGUAAAGUUUGAACCUUUAGCUUCAUUUCAUAGGCAGAAUGUAGGUUGUAAGAUGCAUAGAGUAUAAAUUCUUGGCAGAGUGUAUGCAGUCAAGAAUAAUUUGAAAUACAGGGAAGAUUUUUCAUUUAUUAAAAUAAUAAAAUGCGUUUUCAAAUGCAUUAUAAAGUUACUGUUAUGUUAAUGAAGAAAUUAAAAAUGAAAUAAAUCAAAAUAUCUCAUUGUUUCCGUUGCAAAUUAAAAUGUUACAGCAUGUUGAAGUGAGAAGUCUCGCAAAACAUUCGUCUCGCCCGAUCUCUGCUGUUAGUGCGCAGCGUUGUGUGAUUGUGCUGUGACCUUUGAAGCAUGCAGUUUUGUGACAGCUGUUACAGGCCAGGUACAGAUGAUGCUUUGCUGACUACAUAUUCUGUAUUUAGCAUAGAAUACCAUCACACUCAUGGGGGCUAUUAAUCCAUGUUUAUGUCAUGUAUUUACUAACCCUUCCAUUUGUCAUGAUCGCUUUUAAGACAAUUUUUGACAGAAACAGAUUUUAUACAAUGCAGUACAGAACAAGAAUUGGAAAAUAAGAUGGAAGAAUAGAAUCUGCCCCCCCCCCCCACAAAAAAAUAUAAAAUACUAAUCCAAAAUAAAAAUAUGUUUGGAAAAACUCCUUAAGAUGGAAAAACACUGUUUUGUAAUAUCCUGAACUAUCCUACUUCUGAAAGGUCUGAUUUUAAGAAGCGUGAUGAAGGGCUGAGGUUGAGAAAGUACUUUGCCACUUGCUUGUCUUUUGCGCAUACCGAUUGGUUGUUUAAUAUAGGAAGUCUUGCAACUAGUAACUUUAUACAAGUUCUAACAAAAGAACAAAAACAUAAUAUGUCUGUUUUUGCAAUUGUGGCUUGGCAUUUGUUGCUACAGACCUCUCUUCUUACUGAACACGUUAUUAUAAAUAAAAUACAUGUUUUUAAUGUACUUUAUAUUUUGUACUGCACCGCAUUAUUUCAUAAACAGUCGACAUGCGUGUCUUUUCAAAAAUAUAGGCUUAAAAAUCAUCUGUUACUUGGCGUCUUCGUAACGACCACUCGGAGUACAAAGCAUAAAGCCAAGAACAAGUUACUUGCCAGUCAGAACGGCAGUUGUCGAUGUACAGGAACUUAGAAUGAAGUUGAAUCACGGUGAAAUAAAUUUAUGUUAAAUCUGUGCCGCCACAUAGACAAAAAUUAACCAAGUUGUAAACUUGCAACUGCGUGUCUACUGCGCGGAGACUUUCUGAACACCAUGUAUAUGACAGUAUUGUCAGGAUAUGUCCGCAUCUUUGCACUUUUUCGCAUUCUUUUGGAAGAAGUAGACUUUGCGCAAGUAAACAUCUUGCGAAUUUAAAUUUUGUUUAUCCCACAAAUCAUUACUCGUUGCAUUUUCUUCUCCAUCAGCAAUUUGUUCCCGAUAUUUUUCUUGCGUUCGCAUUUUGGGUGUAACUGCGACGUAGCUUUGUCACAUGUCAUCUAAUUUUUCUCUUCAUGCUCUUUGUUUGUCUAAUGGAGACUUUUUCACCUUCCGAUUUCUUCUCUGGUGUCGUGUGAUUCUGCAUUCUUUAAUGUUGUCUUGUAAUAAAAAUAAGCAAAAUAUAAAUAUUAGAUCUGUGCCACAUUAAUCUAUGCCUUUAUUGUUAAAAUGUUUAAUAAAUAUCCUGAAUAAACAAAGAAAAAAUGAUUGCACAACACAAAAAAUAUUAGUUGCAUGUUGUAUGAUGCAUUUUAUCAUCCUUGUUCUCUGUCAAGGCUUUGGCUGUCAUCCAUACAUCCUGAGUAUCUCUUCCUCCGUCUGAAAAAUUAUGUGGUCAUCGUAAAAUAGCGCUGUAUUUAUAUUUUGUUUGUUUAUUUAAUUGUAUUCCUUGCAGCUUAUCAUUUUCCACUUUACAGAAAAAUCUUAUAUAAUAUCUCACACAGUAUGGAAGAAGGUCCUGUCUUAAUUUUGAUUUGUUUUCUUGUGGUCGGUGUCCUCGUGAAUCCGCAUUUUGAUAUGGCCCUUGGGUAGCAACUCAGUUUUAGGAAAUGUGUGGCAUAGCACUUUCUCACCCCCAAGCCCUUAAAUUAUGCCCCGUUCGCACUCCUGAUACUAAUUAAUUUAUCUUGGCAUGUUCAGGUCCUUCGUGCAUUAUAAUUAUUUACCAUAUUGUCGUCAUACACAUUUUGGCAUAGGUACUGCACCAGAAAAUGCAAUUAAGCUGUUCGUUAAUGUUUAACAUCUAGCAUUUAUGUCUCGCUCAUGGGAUAACUUUGUCUACAUGGCAGUUAAUGAAUAAUGUAAAUUUUACAUGUAGGAUAAUUCAUAUUUUUCUCUUUUUCGUGAUGUCCAAAACGCCUCUGGGUGCCUUUCCGAGGGGUGCCAUCGGGCUGUUUGUUAAGUACGGUUCUAGUCCUUAUAAAUUUAUUUACGCUUACGUAUGUUUUGUUUUUGACCAUGUUUGUGAGGUUACGUCUUAAGUUUGUUAUGUAUCUGGCCAUAAGUGCGGAAUGACCGUCUCAGGCCUCUUCCUGAAAACGAAAAAGUAUUGUAGCGUUUGAAGAAUGGAUGUCUGUGCCCGAGAGCCUUAAUUCAGUUAACGUGUGAUAUUUUACUACAUAUCAUUCUUCUCUAAUGCAGUGUAGUCUCAAAUGCAAUAUACAUUUAUUAUCUACUCUCAGUAUUUUGUAUAGUCUGAUUGUAUAACUGGUAUGUAUGUUACACAACUUUGUUUGUUUGUAUCCCAGUAAACAUUUGUUACUACGAAAUAUGAACUGAGGUCCAUUUUGGAAGAAACAUUAGCCACAGUAGUGUAGAGGCUGGUUUAUAAUAUAUUAUUAGUUGCUCCUCCUUCCUUCACCUUUUUGUGCUGCCUUCCUGGCAGCGGAUGUGCGUCGUCUGGCUGGACCUUUUCUCCGAGAUGUGCGAGAUUAAUAGCGACGCUAGUUGCCAGUCGUAGCGGAGGCACAUAGAGACGAAGGACACUCGCCACAAAACCAAAGUGCAAUUUUACCUACCUCUGAUGAUGGGUGAUCUUUUACAAAACUUCAUUUAGUCAUCGAAAGCUGAAAGUCAUGAGAUGCGUUAGUUUGAACUGGAUUGACUUCGAUUUGGGGCGUUAUUAGUUUAUGAAUCUGGGUUCAUAGUUAUCAACACAGUUUUUAUUAUAAUCUCCACAUUUGUCUCCAGUUUAAACAUUAAUAGCAUUUUUAAUUAGCCAUUCUUAUCGCCUACAUGCAUUAUGAUAAUUUACUGUUCCUUGGUGAUGGAUACAUUGAAGAUUUGCAUUCUUACAUCACUCCAGACAUGUUCUAGCAUUUUUUCAUAGGACAGCACAACACAGAAAGACAUCCGUGCCUUGAGCGGGACUCGAACCCACGGUCCAAGCGCACGAGGCCCUGCCUCGGACCGAGCGGCCACCGUGACUGGCUACGGAGCGUCUGGCGUUUACAAAAUACGUCUCAUACGAGCAUCUGUCAUCAUUUCUUUGAAUUUAAAAUUUAUGGUUUCAACAUUUUAAGUUUCUGGAAGUUUUAAUAUUAAAUAAUGGAGAACUCAUAAUUCAUGUUGCUGAUUUAUUUAUGUCAAAUUGGGUGUUAAAUGAUGACAUGAUUUUGAAGGUCGCUGUGUGUUUUGUCUCAAGUUCGUUCUCUGGUGUCUGUACUUAAAGACGUACUGUUCAGGGCAGAAUUUUUUACGUAUUUCCAGAUUUCAUGGUUUUAGACUGAAGUUUCAAGCCUAGUAUUUGAACACAUUUUUUUAGUUAUUAACACACGAGCACUUUGUUCUGUGUAGUCUGAAUUUUAUUACCAGUUCCUUUUGUCUGCCGUUUGAUUCGUGAAAUAUAAAUAUAAAUCUGCGUUGGAUGAAUGUGAUAAGCGAGAAGAGUAAAUGGGUUUUAUAUUAUUUUUCCUCCUUAAUAAUAGUUUGAAAACUAAUAUUAUACGUGCCAGUGGGCAAGAAAUUGCAUGUUUUAACUCUUACAAAGAAAUUAACCAGCACAUUAUAUAUUGUGUAGGAAAUUCAAAUUUGGCCCAGGAUUUUUGUAAUAGUAUGCCAGUGAAUAAUUUUAGUGUUCCCUCCCUACAUGUACGUACUUGCAAAUUUUAGAACGUGUUUCUAGCCAUUGGCGACAUCAAGAAACAUUGAAGGCUCUGGGUCAAGUUUGAAUGACCCUUGAAUUAGUGGGAGGGGUCUCGUUGAAAUUCGGUCGGCAACAAUUUAUUUUGUGUUGUCGUCACAUCGCUACUAUUUAUUCUUGUUCUCCGUGAUGUGCUUUUGGUUGUUGAGUGCUUCUUCAGAAAUGUUUAGAUACUGGAAACAAUUGCACGUAUAUGUUGGAACAUCCAGGGACGUUCUUCAUCUUCAGUGUGGCAAAGUUACAAGGAACCGUGGACCAAUCCAGGGUUGCAAGAAGAGAAAAUUAAAUGAGAAAGAAUGUGCUUGGAAACAUUUAAAUAUUUUGAAACAACUUUAUUUCUUCAUAACCUUCACCUUAGAUAUUAAAAUAAAGACAAAAUCAUUGCUCAUGUACAUUUAAUAUAUAAUUUUCUGAAUGUGUUUUUGAGUUAUUUUCAUAAGAAAAAAUCUUACAAUUUCUCCAUCAUGCAUGUACAUAAUUUGGUAAGUGUGACAAGGAUCUGUGGGUGUUUAUAAAUUCAUUAUUUGUAAAUAAUUGCUGUAAAUAGCUUUCCCUGCUAUAGCAACAGACAUAGUGCACGCUACUGUUUGUGUGGUUGCAGCAAAGACAGUGUAGACAAUGUCUAAGAAAAAUAUUGCUUUAAAAUCGUGGUGUCUGAAUUGGGUAUAAGAUGGAAGCAGGAAGAUAAGUGAAAUUGUUUAAAUUGAAAUAAAAGGAUUUCUUUAAAAACUCUACUUCUGGAAUUUCAGCUGUGUUACAGAUAAUUUGCUGGUUAUGGUCACAUGUUGUAGAAGAAAAUGCAAAGCACCUUCUGCCAUCUUUUGCCUAAAUAGUGCAGUAUUUAGUUUUAAGUUUGUCACAUUGUGUUAUGUGAUGUCACAUGUUUCCAGAAAUACCAUUACGCGCAAAGGACUUUUCUUGCUUUACAUUAAUUACGAAGUAAAGUAAUAAUUUCCAUUAUAUUUUUAAUUUAGAUAGUGUCUAAUUUUUCCUUCUUCAUUUGUUUCAUACUGCAAAAUCACAAUCGAUGUGAUAGGUGGAUUUUCUGAUAUGUGCAGCCACCUGCUGAAUAAUAAUUAAAUUAAAUAUAUAACCUCUAGAUACAGUAACAAUAGUUAGAGUGAUAAGACAUACCCACCACAAUAUGGCAUGACCUUGGGUUCUAAAUCGAAGAGAUUCAUCCAGAUAUGGGAGGUAGUCGCGUAUUUAUUGAAUAAACAGUAGAUUGGGAGUGUGGUUAACGACUUCACACGGUUGUCCCCCAUGAAAAUGGAAGACUGUAAUAGUCUUAUCAAUAUCGUCGUGUGUAUGUGUGUGUCGUCUGGAACGUGAAUAAUCUGUGUUUAUUAUUGCGUGUUUUUUUAUCCAUCUGACCAUUUUAAGCAGAAAUCCAUGCCACAGCAGUACAUAAAAUAAGAUGUAAACAUUUGUACGAAAAUAUAUUAUCAUUGAUUCAA